CUCUCGAUUCCAUCGCACCAACUCAAAAGCGAAGGGGAGACACAGAGGAGGCGGAGAUAACUAGAGAGAGAGACAGGGCGAGCCAUGGCCGCUUCCUCCUCCGUCACCGCCGCGCAGGCCCUCGUCGGCCGCGCCAUCUCCGGCCACCCUUCCCCCUCCCCUUCCCACCCCGACCGUCUUGCCUUUGGGCUCAGCUCCCUCGCCGGCCGCGCCCUCAAGUCCCCUGCCGCCCCCCGCCUCCAGAACCGGCGCCCGCGGGCCGCCUCCAGGCCUCGCCGAUCCUCCGUCACGAGGGCGGCGGCGGUGGAGACGCUGGAGGGGAAGGCCGCCACGGAGGCCCUGUUGGAGAAGUCGAUCAACACGAUCCGGUUCCUGGCCGUCGACGCCGUCGAGAAGGCCAACUCCGGCCACCCGGGACUCCCUAUGGGGUGUGCCCCAAUAGGCCACAUCCUCUACGACGAGGUCAUGCGAUACAAUCCCAAGAAUCCCUACUGGUUCAACCGCGACCGCUUCGUGCUCUCCGCCGGACAUGGGUGUAUGCUCCAGUACGCCCUGCUUCACCUUGCCGGUUAUGAUAGCGUCAAGGAGGAGGAUUUGAAGGCUUUCCGGCAGUGGGGAAGCAAAACUCCUGGUCAUCCUGAGAAUUUUGAAACUCCGGGAAUUGAAGUCACUACUGGUCCUCUUGGUCAGGGUAUUGCAAAUGCUGUUGGAUUGGCACUUGCUGAGAGGCACCUAGCUUCCCGCUUCAAUAAGCCUGACAUGGAGAUUGUUGAUCAUUACACGUAUGCUAUACUUGGGGAUGGUUGCCAAAUGGAGGGCAUUUCUAAUGAAAGUUGUUCUCUUGCUGGGCACUGGGGUUUGGGGAAGCUGAUUGCUUUUUAUGAUGACAACCACAUUUCUAUUGAUGGAGACACAGAGAUUGCAUUUACUGAAGAUGUAAAUGCCCGUUUCGAGGCCCUUGGCUGGCACACUAUCUGGGUGAAGAAUGGUAACACAGGCUAUGAUGAAAUCCGUGCUGCAAUAAAGGAAGCAAAGGCUGUCAAAGACAAACCCACACUGAUCAAGGUGACCACUACCAUUGGUUUUGGGUCUCCAAACAAGGCGAAUUCAUAUAGUGUACAUGGAAGUGCAUUGGGUGCUAAGGAAGUUGAAGCAACCAGGCAGAACCUUGGAUGGCCUUAUGAGCCCUUUUUUGUACCUGAAGAUGUGAAGAGGUCUGCAAACUUUGUUAAUGUCUUUUAUUUGGCAGAUAAAUCUGAAUCUUUUGUGGAUAAUGGACAUACUGGAUCUUUCAUUUUCAGUCACUGGAGCCGCCAUGCCCGGGAAGGUGCUGCUCUUGAAGCUGAAUGGAAUGCCAAGUUUGUGGAGUAUGAGAAGAAAUAUAAAGAGGACGCCGCAGAGCUGAAGCAGAUCAUAACAGGAGAUCUGCCUGCUGGAUGGGAGAAGGCUCUUCCGACAUACACACCUGAAAGUCCUGCGGAUGCCACUAGAAAUCUAUCUCAGCAAUGCCUCAAUGCUCUUGCUAAAGUACUCCCUGGGUUCCUAGGAGGUAGUGCUGAUCUUGCAUCCUCGAACAUGACAUUGCUGAAGAUGUUUGGCGACUUCCAAAAGGACACACCUGAGGAGCGGAAUGUCCGUUUCGGUGUUAGGGAACAUGGAAUGGGUGCCAUAUGCAACGGCAUUGCCCUGCAUAGCCCGGGUCUUAUCCCUUACUGCGCUACUUUCUUUGUCUUCACGGACUACAUGAGACCUGCCAUAAGGAUCUCAGCCUUGAGUGAGGCAGGAGUCAUCUAUGUGAUGACACAUGAUUCUAUUGGUCUUGGAGAAGAUGGUCCCACCCAUCAGCCCAUUGAGCAUCUGAUUAGCUUCCGAGCCAUGCCGAACAUUUUGAUGCUCCGCCCAGCUGAUGGGAAUGAGACUGCUGGGGCAUACAAGGUUGCAAUUCUCAACAGCAAGCGGCCAUCGAUCCUUGCUCUCUCCCGUCAGAAGCUUCCUCAGCUUGCAGGAACAUCAGCUGAAGGAGUUGAGAAGGGAGGAUAUAUUAUUUCAGACAACUCGUCUGGUAACAAACCAGAUCUCAUUGUUAUGAGCACUGGCUCAGAAUUGGAGAUUGCUGCCAAGGCUGCAGAUGAGCUGAGGAAGGAGGGGAAAACAGUCAGAGUUGUGUCACUUGUCUGCUGGGAGUUGUUUGAUGAGCAAUCUAAUGAAUACAAGGAGAGUAUCCUCCCUGCUUCUGUGACUGCUAGAGUCAGCAUUGAAGCAGGAGCCACUCUUGGGUGGGAGAAGUUCCUAGGGACCAAGGGCAAGGCUAUAGGGAUUGACCGAUUUGGGGCAAGCGCUCCUGCUGGCCGGAUAUACAAGGAAUUUGGUUUAACAGCGGAGAAAGUUAUUGAAGCAGCCAAGUCUCUAUAAGAUCAGCUUGUCUGGGGUCCUUCCUCUCUCAUGGUUGCAAGGAGAACCUAGAUUCCAGAGCCUCGCUUCAACGAGUUAAGAGUACACAGGCGGGGAAGAAGCCAGCUUUGGCAGAUUGAGUCUGGCAUUUGGCCUGUAAUAAAGCCUUCAUAUUUUCUGGAACAUUUUCCAUUUUAUAAUUCAUGAAGUCGAGUCUUCUUCUUCGUCUAAUUUAAUCAAACAAUUGCGUCUGAUGGUUGCAUCCAACUGUACUCUGUUAAUUUAUUAAAUUUUGAAUGCUUUCAUAGAAAAGUCUUUGACGUG